AUGGGCCUUUUCGCAAGUUUCCUCGCAACCUUCUGCGAGCAUUGCUCAACCCAGUCCAACUACACUUUGGCUGGUGUCGGAGCACUCUCAUUCAUUGCGCUAUCAAUCGUGAUCAAUGUGUUGCGCCAGCUCUUCUUCAAGAAAGCCCAUGAGCCCCCCGUGGUCUUCCACUGGUUCCCCUUUGUUGGAAGUACCAUCAGUUAUGGCAUGGACCCAUACACCUUCUUCAACCAGAGUCGCGCAAAGUAUGGUGACAUCUUCACUUUCGUCCUCCUCGGCAAGAAGACCACCGUCUACCUAGGCACCAAGGGCAACGAGUUCAUCCUCAAUGGCAAGCUUCGUGAUGUGAAUGCCGAAGAGGUUUACUCCCCCCUCACUACCCCCGUCUUCGGUCGUCACGUCGUCUACGAUUGCCCUAAUGCUAAGCUCAUGGAGCAGAAGAAGUUUGUCAAAUUUGGUCUUACUUCCGAAGCACUUCGGUCUUAUGUUCACUUGAUCACCAAUGAGGUCGACGACUUCGUGAAGAAUUCCCCCGCUCUCCAGGACCCCAAGGGUACUUUCAACGUUUCCAAGGUCAUUGCCGAAAUCACAAUCUACACAGCAUCCCGCUCGUUACAAGGACAGGAACGCGAUGCUGCACAGAAGAAGAUGACUGAGACCUACCUGGAUAUCAUCAAGGCGCGCCGCGCAUCGGGUGAUAAGAAGGACUCCGAGGAUAUGGUCUGGAACUUGAUGUCGUGCACUUACAAGAAUGGCACCCCGAUUCCCGACGAGGAAAUUGCCCACAUGAUGAUUGCGUUGCUUAUGGCAGGUCAGCACUCUUCAUCCUCCACUGCUGCCUGGAUUGUUCUACGUCUGGCCACCUGUCCUGAGAUUGUGGAGGAGCUUUACCAAGAGCAACUCCAGAUUCUGGGAUCCGACCUGCCUCCUCUCACCCACGAAGGACUUCAGAAGCUCGACUUGCACGCCAAGGUGAUCAAGGAAACCCUCCGUAUCCACGCUCCUAUCCACUCGAUAAUUCGUGCUGUCAAGAACCCCAUGCCUGUGGAAGGUACUUCUUACGUUAUCCCUACCACUCACAAUGUCCUCUCUUCUCCCGGUGUUACUGCUCGCUCUCCGGAGUUCUUCCCCGAGCCCCUGAAGUGGAACCCCCACCGCUGGGAUGAGGCUGAAACCGAGACUACCAAGGAGGAAGAGGAGCAGAUCGACUAUGGUUAUGGACUGGUUACCAAGGGCACCAACAGUCCCUAUCUGCCUUUCGGUGCUGGUCGCCAUCGCUGCAUUGGUGAGCAGUUCGCCUAUGUGCAGCUGGGCACAAUCUUGGCUGCCCUGGUGAGACACUUCAAGUUCUCCCAGCCUAGCGCCGAUAUACCUUUCCCCGAGACAGAUUAUUCGUCCCUCUUCUCUAAGCCUCUGGGUACAUCAUUUGUUCAGUACGAGAGACGUGGAGUCAAGGCAUGA